AUGUCCGAUGAGAGCGUUUUAGGAAUUGCUUCUAACCGGAACGUCAAGCGGCUCUCUUCAACCCGCCUUCGAGACCCGCCGAGCUGUGUUACCAACGGAUCUGUCGCUCGUGGCUCGCGAGUGCAAGAAACGGGCUCGGGUCACCCCGCCCUCCGGAGCCAAAACCCCACGGCAAGUCUGUCAAUUAGCCGCCUCGUCAGGACAGCCGACAAGUUGGCAAUCCACCCCACAUCAGCCUGA